UCCAUUGACGUUGCUCCGUUAUGGGUCGACGAUUACGACGUUGAGACAUGUCGUGGUGGAACUUCAAUCUGGUCUUCUGCGUUCCGUUUCGCCUUUCCUUCCCGUGCUUCACUCACUCUGCCAUUAGCAUCACUUGACCCUCUUUCUUCGUCUUCGAUGGGUCACGCUGCCUUGCCUUGUCACAGCCUUGCCAGGCAGGAAGUCUCUCCUAUCUACUUGUUAUAAAAGCAUUCCAACAGCCUCUCGUUUACAAAGCUGUUCCGAGCCCCGCUGGUCGCAUCGCUUUGGUUCCAGCCGCCUUCACUUUGACGCUUCCACGACCUGAACCUGCACACUAGUUUGUGCCCCGCGACGAAUCGGUGUGGUGAACCGCACCCUGCCUCAGCAUGCCUCUUCUAUCUGCCCUGGCAUAUACCGCCGCCGCUCUCGUGCUGACUCCUUUCUUCGCAAUACUCUUCUGGAACUAUGGCCUCCCCGUCUUCUUUCGUUUCGCCUCGCGCACUCUCGGCACCUCUCUAGGCUGGUAUCUUUGGCGGAAAACAGAGGGUCGCCGCGAGCUCAUCAUCCGAUCCAGCGAGGAGGACGAGCGAAAGUUCCAGGAAAGCGGUUCAAGCAAGAGCAGUGCGGGAAGCAGUCUCGACGACGAGUGGGAGAACAUCGAGGCCUCGACGACCGGCACAUCCAAGAACCGCGACAAGGCCAGCCAGGAUUGGACCGGCAUUGUCGGCUUCUUCCACCCUUUCUGUAACGCUGGAGGGGGUGGGGAGAGGGUCCUGUGGGCUGCCAUUCGAGCUACCCAGAAGAGGUGGCCCAAGGCCAAGUGUGUUGUGUAUACUGGCGACCAUGAGGUCACCAAGGACAGAAUACUCGAAAGGGUCGAGAACACGUUCAGCAUUCACAUACACCCGCCGACUAUCACCUUCCUAUACCUAUCGACUCGACAAUGGGUGCUCCCGUCGUCAUGGCCACACUUCACGCUGCUCGGCCAGUCGCUAGGGUCACUGGUACUUGGAUGGGACGCUUUCUCCUUGUUGGUCCCCGAUAUCUUCGUCGAUACCAUGGGUUAUGCAUUUGUGCUUGGACUUAGCAAGCUGCUCUUCCCCAAUCUGCCCACCGGCGCAUACGUACACUAUCCUACCAUCUCCACCGACAUGCUCGACUCUCUCGACCCGAACAGCACAGUGGGAAGCCAGGGAGUAAAUGCAGGCAAGGGAGUCGGUGUUAGAGGCACUGUAAAGCGCAACUACUGGAGGGCCUUUGCAGCAAUAUACUCUUGGAUGGGCGCAUCUGUGGACGUGGUCAUGACGAACUCGACCUGGACUCAGGCGCAUGUCCAGGCCAUCUGGGGACCCCGUCGUGCCUUGCGAUCUCGCAAGCAUCCUAUCGCCGUCGUCUUUCCGCCUUGCGCUGUCAGAGAAUUGGAAAAGGACAUUGAAGUCUCCGAGGAGAGCGAGAAGCAACGGGAGAAGGUUCUCCUCUACAUUGCGCAAUUCCGACCCGAGAAAAACCACUCCCUUAUCGUCAGCUCUUUUGCCGAAUUCGUCAAUAGUGGUUCUCCCGCCGCCAAGGAUGCCAAGCUUGUUCUCGUGGGCAGUGUUCGCGAUGACAGUGACUCGAAGCGCGUCUAUCAACUGCGUCUCCUGGUCAACGAGUUGCACAUCAGGGAUCGCGUCACAUUCCAGCUUGAUGCCAGCUGGCCUGAUAUCCUCCACUGGCUGCGAAAAUCCUAUGUCGGUGUCAAUGGCAUGUGGAAUGAGCACUUUGGCAUUGGCGUUGUCGAGUAUCAAGCUGCCGGUUUGAUUGCGGUUGUUCACGACAGCGGUGGCCCGAAGCUUGAUAUUGUCACCGAGGUUGAUGGCCAGCCCACUGGUUUCCACGCCACCACAGCAACCGAGUUUGCUCAAGGUUUCGAAAAGGCACUAUCGCUGCCCGACCCUCUGACCGUCCGAAAGCGAGCACGCAUUUCAGCUCGGCGAUUCACGGAAGAAGAGUUUGCCCGGAAGUGGCUUGCACAGAUGGAUGUACUAGUCGCCAUGGAGAUCUAAGUGUCAGUCCCUAAAGGUGUAAUAGAGUGGUUGGCAAGUCAUGUUUUUGCACGCGAUGAUAGCGCGAUUGCAGUGAUAGAUGUAGAAUUGAUCAUAUGAUACCCCAAGGAAAUGCAUCUGAGCAUAGGCGGUAGAGAUUUCGCGGUCAAAUGGCGGAAAAGGUGGUGGAAAGAGAAAAGUUCACGAAAUUUAAAAAGAAUUAAAGGAAAUUAUAUACGUCA